AAACUAAAGGAAACUACUUGAUAAAAGCUAAUUGUGCCAAGUGUGGAAAGAACAAGUUUUGCCCUCCUCGCCAAUUCAACCUACUUUUGACUACCAACUUAGAAAUUACCGAUGGAAAAGAAAAUGUAGUCUAUUUACGACCCGAAACUUGCCAAGGAAUAUUUAUUAAUUUUGCGGCUAUCCAACGAAGCACCCGCCGGCAACUUCCUUUUGGUAUCGGUCAAAUUGGUAAAAGUUUUCGCAAUGAAAUCACGCUUCACCAUGGAAUUUUCCGGACCCGUGAAUUUGAACAAUUAGAAUUAGAAUUUUUUUGCCGAAGCGAGGAAACAAAAACCAAACAAGUAAAUUUGAAUAAAGAAGAAUUACCUCAUUACGCUAAAAAAACCUUGGAUCUUUAUUUUAAUUAUCAUUUUGGCGAGGGUGAAUUAUGUAGUAUUAGCGACCGCGGCAGUUACGAUUUAACUCAACAUGGUCAGCACUCCCAAGAAUUUUUAGGGAUAAAAGAAAAUAAUCAAGAAAUUAUUCCCGAAGUAAUCGAAAUUUCGUUUGGUGUAGAAAGAUUAAUGUUAGCGACUUUGGAAGACGCUUACCAGAAAGAAACGGUGGCUAGUUCUCAAUUAACUCGCGAGGUUUUGAAGCUUCACCCGCUUUUAGCUCCUUAUUUUGUAGCGGUAAUCCCUGCCAAAAACUCUUUGCGAGAAAAGUCCUAUCAGUUAUAUU